AUGAUAGCGCAGGGUGUCUCGGGGCUGCUGCGACCCUUGCUCAACGGGCUGAGCAAAACUCACCUGAUCUAUCCACGCAGGGCAGCUGGGCGGCGUUGCAUGCUGGCCGUGCUGGGGCCUGGAAGAGGCUUCGGCACCACAAAAACGCUCCAGGAGGGCCCUGGGGGGCCAAGCUCUGCAGAGCAGGUAACUGUGCAUUUUAUAAACCGGGAUGGAGAGAAACUCACCGCCACAGCCAAAGAAGGGGAAACCUUGCUGCAAGUGGUUGUCAAUCAAAACUUGGCCAUUGAUGGAUUUGGUGCAUGUGAAGGGACAUUAGCUUGCUCCACCUGUCACCUGAUUUUUGAAAAGGACAUCUUCCAAAAGCUGGAUGCCAUUUCAGAUGAUGAGAUGGACAUGCUGGACCUGGCUUAUGGACUCACUGAGAGAUCUCGCCUUGGCUGCCAGGUGUGUGUUAAGAAGUGGAUGGAUGGUCUAACAGUGCAAGUUCCAAUGGAGGUGUCUGACAUUAGGAAGGAACUGGAAGUCGGGAAUCAAAACAAACAGUAA